UAGCCGGGAUCGAUGAAGCUUCUUCCGGCCGUCCUCGGCCUCGUCCUCCUCGUUCUGAAUCCCAACGGCGUGGAGGCCCGGCCUGCGCCUACCGGCGGUCAUGAGAAGAAGCCGUCGAGCGCCACCUUCUUUGUCUUUGGGGAUGACUUCGCCGACAACGGGAACCUCCCUCCGACCGACCCCGUCACCCAGAUGUCGCGGCAAUGGGCCUACCCCUAUGGCUCCAACUACGUCGAUGCCGACGGGUUUCCGCGGCCGAAUACUCCGUCCGGCCGCUUCUCAAACUAUAAAAUCCAGUCGGAUUUCAUCGCAACCAUGUUGGGGUUGGAGGAAGCCCCUCCGGCGCAUGCCCUCACGGCCAAGAAAACCUGCGACCCGUCUGGCAUGACCUUCGCUACUGGUGGUGCAGGUGUGUUGCAGAGUACAUCGCACGAGGUCCCCGUCCUCGCCAAACAGGUCGACACCUUCAGGAAGAUGGUCAAGGACGGGACCAUCACAGAGAAACAACUGAGUCACUCUGUAGCGCUCGUGGCUUUCUCUGGCAACGACUAUGCAGGCACCGGCGUCAUCGGCCUAAGUAGCCCCAACGAUAUUAAUGCUUAUAUUGGGAAGGUGACAAAAGAGAUUGCGGCUAAUGUGGAUCAAUUGUUGAAGCUCGGGGUGACAAAGGUUCUUGUCAAUAACUUGCACCCUAUCGGUUGCACGCCAUCAUACACCCGAACCAACAACUACACCACGUGUGAUAUUUUUGAAAACUUGGGUGCAUCACUCCAUAACGAUAAUCUAAAACAAGUUAUGACAUCAAAGAAGAAUGUCUACAUCGUGGACGUGUACACCGCCUUCACCAAUAUUGUGGAUCAUGUGGCAGGUAAAGGCUCAGAGUUGUCUAAACAAUUCAAGCGCAAACUAUCGCCGUGCUGCGAGAGUUUGGAUUCGGAUGGUUACUGCGGACAGCAAGGCGAGUCAUCUGCGGAGCUUUUGUACACUGUGUGCGACAAUUCAAAUAGAUUUUUCUAUUGGGAUGACAUGCACCCGACCCAUGCAGGAUGGGAGGCUGUCAUGAAACAGUUGGAAAAACCCUUGAGGGAGUUUGUAAAUCAAGCCUAGGUAGCUAGGCUUUAUGUAUUUGUGUAGAUCUUUGUAUCCAUGAUGACAACUUUCUGAUUGUAUUUGAUAGUUUCAUGUAUUUCAAAGACUGGGAUUUUCCCGAUUCUUCUGGUUGUAUUUGAUAGUUUCAUGUAUUUCAAAGACUGGGAUUUUCCCGAUUCCAUGAUAAAUAUUAUAAUUAACGUAUUUGCAUCUUCUUUUGUGAA